GUCUUUUAAGUCGUUCGGUUGGGGCCCUGGAUUUUUCUCAUUCUACGCUAGGAAUUUCCACCGGCAACAUUAGAGCCAAAAUCUUAUAGUAAAAUCUUUCCCUUAAAUUCAAAAUUUAACAAUUUGACAAUAAACCGUAGCUGAUUUUAAAAAGCAAAUACGAAAUGUGUCUUAAAAGAAUCAUGCAGCGUUCGCUUCGCCCUCAAGUGGCCGGGCACAUUGUGCAACCGCGUUUCCACGGUAUUAUUGACGGCGCUUUUCGGACCAAAUCCUCCAGUUCGUGGGGCCAUGAUGAUGGGGGCCGCCCAAAGAUGCCCAGGAGCGGUACACCGCAGGCCAGUGCCACAUCGACGGUGAGGAGCGAUGCGGGUUCAUAUUCGCGUGGUGCGAACGCAAGUGCUCUGGCGCGUCGCAUCAAUCGCGAGGAUAAUAUGUGGCGUGAUAGCAGCUACAUCGAUACGAAAUGGCUACAUCCCCACGAUCCCUCGGCGUUUAGGCCGAAUUUCAGUCAAACUGAGCCAACGUCACUGCGAAAGCAAUUCAUGCGCAGUCCCGAUGAAAUUUCCCGCGAGGUGAUGGGUCGCGAUUGGGAGGAAACCGUGAAGAACUAUAAGCGCAGCAGUGUCAUUGCCAGGGGCGGCAAUCGAAACGAGUCGUGGCAGGCCAAAGACACCACUCGCAAUCGUCAGCAACACUUGCAUGUGAUGCACAUGCAACAGCAACAGGAGCAGCAGCAACAGCAGCAGCAGCAGCUGCAGCAGCUGCAGCAGCAGCAAAAGCAACAGCAGCAAAAGAACCAAAUGCAACAGAAAAAUUAUUGGGGCAAGAACAAUUAUCCCAAGAAUCAAUAAUCUCAACUCCGAAGUAAGCAAAUAACAUGUCAAACGAACUAUGAAUCUCUUCCUAUAUUAGGUUUACAAGUAUAUCUAUAUCUAUACCCAGCCAAGCAGAAUCGAAAUAGUUCAAGCGAUCCAGUAUUCCGGUUCCUUCACAAUUAAAAUUUGUUCAAUUCGUUCAGAUGUCGAAUAACAAAAUAUGUGAUUCAUCGCAUAUCAUUAUUUUUUUUUGCGCAAAUCGAUCAUGUAAAUCAAAUCAGAUUAUAGAAGGAAUAUUAAGACGGUUUUUGGAAAUGACAUAUAUGCAGAUCAUAAUAAUAUAGAAGUAAAUAAAAAUUAAGUAUGUGAAAAACGA